AUGUUUGAUAUUGAUGGGUUAGUUAGUGAUUCCUUGAAACUUUUAGCUGAUAGGGUCGAUAAAAAUUAUAGAAUAUCCUUGGUUAUAGUAGGACCACCUGGAUCUGGGAAGUCAACGAUUGCCAAUGAGCUAUGUGAGAGGUUAAACUCCAUGUUUCAUGAGUAUUUGAAGGAGCAUGGUGGUAACAUUGAGAUUUCUGGUGUUUCUGAGCCUCUUCCUGUGGAUAUUACUGAACCUAUAAGGGAAGUUUCGAGAAACAUAGUCGAAUAUAUGACUUCUAACGAUGGUAUACUUCCUCAAUCUGUAGAGGAUCUUGACUUUGAGUGUGUCAAGUUUCAAGAUGAUGGUAGAGACAAUGGCAAUGUCAAUGGCAAUGUAAAAGUCAUUGGUCGUGGUGGGUUACCAAAUGCUAUAGAGGUUUCUCCAUAUCAUGAUUUAUCAAAGCCUAAGGAAAAAUGUGACGUCAAUAUUGCUCAAAUUAUACCAAUGGAUGGGUUUCAUUUAACUAGAAAAUGUUUAGACAAUUUUAAAGAUCCUGUUAAUGCUCAUAGACGCAGGGGCUCUCCAUCUACGUUCGAUAGUAAUAAUUUCCUACAAUUAUGUAAAUUAUUGGCUGAGACGUCUAAUACCAAGAUACCUUUAUCAAGGUUUCAAAAUUCAGAUAACGAUGAUGUUGAUGCUGUUUGGGAGAAACUUGCAAAAACAUUCACAUCCGAUGUUCAGGAUAUUUAUAUACCAGGGUUUGAUCACUCCUUGAAGGAUCCUACCAGUAAUCAGUAUUGCAUCAAUGGCUUUACAAGAAUAAUGAUAUUCGAAGGUUUAUACCUUUUAUAUGACCAAGAAAACUGGUCCAAAAUAUAUCAAGUUUUGAGUGGAACUGACGCAUUAUUGAUUUGGAAUAUUGAUAUUGAUGAAGCUGUGAUUCAAGAUAGAGUCGCCAAGAGACAUUUAAAUUCUGGAUUGGUUAACACGUUUGAAGAAGGAAUCGAUAAAUUCCAAGUGAACGAUUUAUUGAAUGCACGUUCUAUUCGUCAGCAUACACUUGAUGUAAAGGACGUUGUAACUAUUCAUAAUGACUAA